AUGCCUCUUCAUUCCUCGGAAGAUGGGGAGAGAGACCACGAAGGUCACGAUCAUGGCGACCAUGGCGACAAUACGACUAAUUCGGAGACUCUCUGCCAAGACGAGGUCAGUGAAAAGCCCACUGUUUCAGCUAUCCAGCGAUGGCGGACAGCAAGCAAACGUGUUCGAAACGGCGCAUCCACGUUAGCAGACCGACUGGGACGACCGCAUGAAAGAGAAGCGGAUGGACUGGAUUCACCCAUCACUCCCGAGUGGUAUGGAGCCACAGACGACAUACAAGCAUUCGACGCCCGUCAAGCCCAUGAUGAAGAAGACAGAAUCCCUGGAACAGACACGGGAUCCCAAGCCCGUCUCCUGGUGGAACAAUUAGGGUUAGAACACCCGCCACGACGCCCACCUAUCGAAGAACCUCGCUCUGGGGCAACGACUCCAGGAACUCCCGAUGAGCACAUGAUGGGCCAGUCGGAAGGGCCCCCAGGAGGAAUGCUCUCGCAUCUACUCCGUGUCUAUGCCAACAACCUUCAAACGGCUAGUCGCAUGAGUCUCGUCUCCACUGCAUCGUCGACAGACCCUGACACGGAAACACUGGCGCCCUCCAUUGCGCCCUCUGCCGUACCCUCUGGCACUGUAACACCAGGUGGCAAAAGAGACAAAGUGAAAUGGUAUGCCAACGGCACCAAGCCUGCUAAGAAGCCAACACACAGCUAUACUUCCUCGCUCAUUCAUGCAUCGAUGGAUAUGGGCCGAGUUGGAGUCCCUGCUGCCACAGGGCCGGCUCCUGCAAACUCGAAGGAGCGGAAGAAGCACAAACGCCAAAGCAAGAAGAAUGUGGCGCUUACAGUACAUAUUGCUGCUCUCUUGUCACGGCAGCAGUAUAUCAUGCAGCUAUGCCGAGCUCUCAUGAAGUACGGUGCCCCGACUCACCGACUGGAAGAGUAUAUGACGAUGACAUCCAACGUCUUGGAAGUCAAGGCACAGUUCCUGUAUAUUCCAGGCUGUAUGUUCAUGUCCUUCGAUGACCCGUUUACUCGUACGGCCGAGGUGAAGAUCAUCAGAGUGAUCCAAGGACUGGAUUUGUCCCGUUUGGCGGAGACGCACAACGUCUACAAGAACGUGGUGCACGACGUGAUCGGCGUCGAACAGGCUACGCAGGAUUUGGAUCAGAUUAUGCAGCGCAAACCACGCUACAAUAAAUGGGUGCUGGUCUGUCUGACUGGGCUCGCCAGUGUUGCAGUUGGUCCAUACUCCUUCAGCGCUCGCCCAGUUGACCUGCCCAUUAUCUUUAUACUCGGAUGCUUGGUAGGCUUCAUGCAACAUGUCAUCGCCCCUAACUCGGCCACAUACUCGAACGUCCUCGAGGUAUCCGCUGCCAUUCUCACGUCCUUCCUUGCGCGCGCGUUCGGAAGUAUUCACCAUAACGGCGAACGAGUGUUCUGCUUUUCAGCCAUGGCCCAAUCUUCGAUUGCCAUGAUUCUCCCCGGUUUUGCCGUCCUUAGCAGUAGUCUGGAACUACAAUCGCAUCAAAUGAAUGCAGGCUCUAUCCGCAUGGUCUUCACAAUCAUCUACUCCCUCUUCCUCGGUUACGGCGUGACAGUCGGAACCACGAUCUACGGCUUAAUGGACGGAAACGCCUCAGACCAAUCGACAUGCACAGGCUUACCGGAGGUCUGGGGCAACGAAUAUAUUCAGCACUUCCCUUUCGUGGCGCUAUUCUGUCUCUUUGCCGCUCUCAUCAACCAAGCCAAGCCUAAACAGCUCCCAGUGACAAUCUUCAUGGGCGUUUGCGGCUACGUGGCGAACUACUUCAGCACCAAGAAACUCGGUUCAAACCAGGUCGCCAACACCGUUGGUGCCUUUACCAUCGGCCUCUUGGCCAAUCUUUACAGUCGCGUGUGGCAUGGCCACGCCGCUGCCGCUAUCAUCCCUGGAAUCUUCACCCUCGUCCCUUCCGGUCUUGCGUCCAGUGGAUCAAUCAUCUCAGGACUGGAGUAUGCCGACGCCGUGGCCUCUGGUAAUGUCACCAGCGCGACUACCAGUGCCACAUCCAGUAGCUCGCUCACUUCGCUGGGCUAUGGAAUGAUCCAGACAGCCAUCGGUAUUUCCGUCGGGCUGUUCAUCUCGGCUCUCAUUGUUUAUCCGCAUGGAAAGAAGCGCAGUGGAAUUUUCAGUCUUUAG